CACAGCCGGCAUGGCCUGCCCUGACCGAGUGGACCUGUCAAGCUGACCUUCCCCACUGGGCACCGUUGGAUUUUGGCGUCGGCAGCACUGCGGGACAAUCGAAGGUCGCGAGAAUUCUUGCCGAAGCAUUUAGCCGCCUGACGGAAACCCCGAUGUCGAGACAAUUGACAACGUGUGCGGUGGCGAAGAGUCUUCUGUUUAUUGUCUUGAUUGAUGAUUCUAGAAGUCAUCGGCAGGAGAGAUUCGUAGCGGUGACGGAGAAACCGGGUAAUGCUCGAAAUCAGCCCAUGCCUCGAUCCGUCGGCCGAGUCUCACAUGUUGUAAGGGCUCGGUUGUUACGAUUGUUGUUAAUCGCGAGUGUUGUGAAGAGCAGGGCUGUGCGGAUAAUGAAUGUAUUGGGUUGUCAUUCACUUUUAAACAACUGGGCUGAGACGAUGACCACAUUUGACGAGUAAAACUCCCAUCCUCGGUUGGCCACUCAAGAACUUUUUUAGGCUGUAAUUCCGCAUCAUUCACAGGGCAAGCAAAGUAUUAGAAAGUCGAGUUGAAAGUGCAAACUGUUUGCGUCACGGCUG